AGCUUUUGCGUUAAAUAUUAAUAAACACACGUAAUUCAUUUUUCAUUCUUUUUCAAUUAAGUCUAAUAAUCGGUACUUGAAAACUAUUUUGUGAACAAGAAGAUGGAUGAAACUAAAGACAAACCUGCUGAUUCUGAUGCGGUUCCUCCGAUCGAUCCGACAAAGACCCCGAAACAGAUUUACUUCGAACUAUUACGUGCUUGGGUGCAGCAUGCCCAGAUGCAGCAGCAGAUUCAGGCCUAUUUUCCGUACUAUCUAGCGAACAACUAUCCGCAGCUGUUCCAGCAGAACGGAACGGCAGCGGGUGUUCCCAUACCGACUGCACCGGGAGCAUCCGCGCCUAACACGGCCACCUCUCCAGAACCCCCAGCGCAAGUUCAGCAGAAUGUUAACCAGCGAAGGGCAACGGAAAUGUUGGAUCCUGCCCGCCAGGAAGACAGUAUCAUCAAUCGAACCGGCGGGUAUGAGUUCGUCAUUGCUCCUUUGUGGAAGCGGUUCGUCGCAGAAGGGAUCGAUAUUGUAAUCAUCUUUUUGCUGAAAGUUAUGAUGACUAUGGCUUUCAUCGACUUUCUGGAUAUUGAUGUAACAAUGUUUUCUAGAAUGGAACUUGAUUUUGAUGCUAUUCGGAGUUCGAUCGAGUCCAACUACAACGAGUUGCUGUCGUUUACAUCCGAGUUGAUACUUGUGGAGCUCAUAACGAAAUUUGCCGUCUGUCUCUAUGAAACCUUGUGGACUGUCCACAGUCAAGGUCCAAGCGGCGGAGCAACACCGGGUAAGAUGCUGAUGGGCAUAAGAAUCGUACAUGUGGAAGCCGUUAUGUUGCUAAAUCCGCCACAACCUGGCGGUAAUAACAACAAUCAGAAUCCAAUCCGAGUCCUGCUCUAUCCAGCAACUAAUCCUGGAUUCAAACGAGCGCUUGGCCGCUCGAUAGCCAAAAACAUUCUAAUCGCACUGUUCUUCCCGAUGUGCUUCCUAAUGUUUUUCUUUAAGCAUAACCGUACGAUGUACGAUGUUAUGACUAAGACCAUCGUUGUUGAGGAUAACCCAGCUCCUCUGCUGCGUCGCCGCUAAGAGGUGGCUAUUAUGGAGGUCAGCUAUGUGCAAGGUAUGGAUGGACUAGUCUUUCGAUUAUAGGCCAUUGCAAAUUAUUUGCAAAGUUUUUGUCACCCUCCCCCCCCCUGGAAAUUGGCUUGAAAAAUCGGGGGGCAAAAAAACAAUUUGUAUGAUAUAGGUACGUCAAAUUUUUUUAUAAAAUCAAUUGCCGGUGGGCUCUGCAGCCUAAAAAACUCUAAAAAUGAAUGUACAAGUGGAGUUAACGCUUCUAACACGAAACAGAAAUAGAAAUUCAUACAAUGGAAUUUCUGAAAAUCGGCAGAAAAUAUUUUCUAUCAUUUUUGUUUUCCUUUUUGUAGGAUUUUGCAUGGAAAAUAAUAACGUUUAUGUGAAAAGAAAGAAUUGAUUUAGUUUUCACGUUUAAACUUUAAGUAAAAAUGCUGAAAACGAAUUUUUUUUCGCCCCCUCCCUUCAGUGGCCCAACACCGGAGGAUCAAAAACUUUAUAAAAUAUUUGUGAUGGCCUUACUAUCUGGAAGUUGAAGUCAAAAUUUAUUGUAAGCAGGGUGUGGUAUAUUCUAUAUGACGUAUUUGAAAUAUGUUUUUUAAGGAAUGAAUUGUACAAAAGAAUUAUGAAAGGCUUAAGAGCGUAUGUAGAGUAGAGUUGUUUGCUCCAAGAGUCGUAUUACCAAAUAUCUAUAUUUUUAUUUUUAAUAAAUGCAUUCUU